GGUGGUGCAAUUGUGUGUUUGUGUCCUGCAGAAGGGAAUGAGAAUGGUAACUUAGAAGAAGGUGGUUGUCCGAAGGAAUGAAUGUACAGCACGCCGUCGACCAAAGCGAAGGUGUGGGAAAGGAAUGUUGUUGUUGAAGAAGAGUAGGAAGAGCAGGACGACAGGAAGAUCAGUAGAGUGGAGUGGAGUGAAGUGUCAAAACGAAUUCACCAAGCUGGCUGGCAUGCAGGGGAAGCCAGGAGGGGUCGGGGGUCGGGUUCGAGGCCGGGGUUCGGACUGGAUUGGCGAGGACGGCGUUGCCCCACCACGCCACCUGUGUUUUUUUUCUUCGCGUCCCGUUUUAGCUCAGGGGCGGGGGCCAGCCACCCAAUGGCACGUAGCACACAGCACGCGGGCAUGCCGCCCUGCCCAUGCCCUGCCCUGCUGGUUGGCUCCAUCUCAGCUUUUUUUGCUCCCGUUCCUGCAUUCUGGCCCGUGCACGCAGUCGUGCUCCUCCUCCCACCCCCUGCUCCACGGACGACGAUCCUCACAGCACUGCUCAACACGAGUAUUUUCUGUGAGCACGAGCGAGCACUGGCUCACCUCACCACCUCACCACCUCACCUCACCUGCACAGAAACCUCGAUACUUUUGCUGCGCAGAUUCCGAGCCAGGCAUUGAAUCCAACUGACAACUCCAAACACAACUCCAGAGCACAACUCCAAAACUCCCGCUGUCCGGUGAUGUCCGCU